CCUCUGUCAUUAUUAAGUCAUAAUCACAUGGUUAAGUCAAAAUGACUCACGAUCAAAUCAUCAGUUUGAAGCGUAAUUGAUGUAAUACAAAUCAUUCAAUAGGUUGUAUUCACAUUUCAUUUAAUUAGAACAAAAUAUAAAAUGUAUGUUAUGUAGCUUUAUUACUCACAAUGUAAAUCGUAGCUAAAUAUUCUUUCUUUUAAUGACUCAUUUAAUGUUACAUUUCUGUAUUUCUAUUUAUAUCUUACUACUAUUAUUAUUAUUAUCGAAACAAACGAGUGUUUAUCACAAUUUACUGAUCAUAAUAUCACUUCCAGAAUAUUCUACAUGUCGUAAACAUACAGGCCUAUUCUAAUAUGUGUAUAUACAACAAUCGAUUUUUAGCAGUAACACAUCCCAACACAAUAGAUAGAUAGAUGAUAUUCCACAUAAAAAAGAAUUGAUUAUUUUAAAUUACCCAUAUUACUUAAAUUUGAUCCUAUUCCACCAGGCUUGUAUUUAUAAAUCUAGUUGAAAUAUUAAGACUGGAUCAUUGUUUAUUACAGUGACACUGGUUAAACUAUGGAGAAUCACUACUUAAAUUUGAACAAAGCAAAGUCAUAUUUAAAUAAUUCUACUCUGUUAACAAAAAGUAUACAAACUAUUAUAAAAGAAGAAGAUAAUUGUAAUGUCAAUGAUAAUAACAACCAAAAUUCAGAAAUAAUUUCUGUCAGUUCUGAUAUUAGCAGCAGUGGUCCUGUUGAUUACUUCACUGUUGCAGAGACCGAUGAAUUUUCUGAGAUUAUGAAGCAGGACACUAUGUUGACUUCAUACUUAAUCUCCAAUCAGGAGAAUAUUGAGAGGAAAGAGUAUUCUGAGAGGGAGAUUACUUACAAUCUGUUAUUACGUAGACUAGUUGAUGAAUAUCUCGACAGAAAAAUCACUUACUCACACCAACCAAAGUAUAUACUGGAUAUUCUAAAAUGCGUACUGGAGAGGAAUUUCCCUGAAUUCAGUGAUUCAUUUCAUCGUGAAAGAAUAUGCGCUUAUCUGAAAGCAUGCAGACGUAACGCCAAAAGAAGGAAUGGUGAACCGUAUGUGAGAAUGAGUGCACGUUAUCUAAGUUCUGGAAAGGCAUCCAGUUUGGCUGAAACUAUUUACCUGAAAGAGCAAAGUUAUUUAAACAAUAUGAUUUUAAACACAGAAAACAAUAAGUUGAUUGGGCAAGCAGCACCGAUGGUUGGUUGUCGUGAGACCACUGAAAAAGAGAUUAAAAACACAAACAAGCUGACUCAUCAUCAAUCACAAUUACAUAAAUUUCAUCUCCAACAGGUUGACCCACAAAUUACCACUCACACAACGAGCUAUAAUGAUGACAAUGUGAAAAUUAACAACAGUCAUGAUUUUCCUGUAAAUUCUGACGAAGAGAUUCCUACUUCAUUGAAUUCUGUUUCUCAACAACAUAUAGAUGGGACUGUAUUUGUGAAAUUAUUAGAGCAAACAGCUGAAUUUCUCCAACUAAUAGCCAAUCGUCUAGAUGCUGGUCAAGAAACGUUCUCCUAAAAUAAACUUGAUAAUGUCGAAUCAUAAACUGUGUUACUUAGAUACAUUAUUUGUUCGUGAUGCUUAUAUUCUCUUUUGAAGUGUUUAAUUAUUACUAAAGUUUGCUCUUUUCUUAUGCACCAAUAUUGUCUUUCCCGUAGGUGUUAAAAUUCAGAAUAAUGUAACGGAUUUUAGUUAAACAUAGUCGACAUAGAGCCUAGAACAAAAUUACGUUACUCCAAGCUGCAACACGGCGUUAGCACGAUGCGAUAAAAUUGGUAAAAUGAAUGGCAAACGAGUAGAAAUAAUGUGGUAGCAAUUUUAGUCAUACAUACUACACAUUGAGAAUAUGUUUUGAAAAGAUGGAAUGAAAACCUGUGUACAAAGGAAUACUGAAACUCAAGAUUGGGAGUUAAGGAGUGGAUGUAUUUGCCCCACUGUGAUUGAUCCUGAACCAUCUGACCCAAUUUAUAUAACGAAUUUACUACUUACAGGCUCAACACUAGCUGUGUGAGGUACUAGUGAAACUAAUCAGGAGCCAAACCGAAGUAGGCGGAUCUUGGUUCAAAUCUGUGACCCAAUAAUUAAAAGCAAGAAAUAACUUAAUUCGUAAACCAUUAUUCAAAGUAGUGGGACUACCAUUAAUGAUACAAAAAAUGAUCGCAGUUAUUGAAUUAGAAUCACGUAUUUUAUGAAACAUUUUGUCAGAUAAUAUAACAUUAAAAUUAUGACUUGCUUUAUAUUUGAUAGACCACUAAAAAAUAACUAAUGUCACGUUAUCCAGUUCUUAAUUUCAAUCGGAUCUUAUUGAUUAAGCUGCAAUGUGACUAUUUGGUCAAACAAAUUAAUACUACAGUACAAUUUUAUGUUUAACAUUAACAGAUUCACUUUACACACAUGAUAAUUAGUAACACUUGUGAAAAAAUUAGUGUUUUAUCUAGAAUUCGAUCAAAACAUCCAAAUAAAUUUGGCUCAGACUUUUGCUGUAGUUAGAUCUUAAACAGUAACUUACACUAAGUCGUGAACCGUCAGUCUUCUUUUUUUCAACUCGUUGGGAAAUAUUACUAAUAAAUUAUCUUGUUGUUUCGAUGGAAGUUUGAACUGUAUCAACAAAUAAGUCAUUAGUAAAGGAAAGUUUCUUUUUAACAGGUAAGUUAGAAGUAAUAGGGGAAAAACUGGAAACAAUUUAAUUAACAAAGGUAUUAGAAGGAUGAAUUUACUUUUGUAAGAUGAUUGUUCUUAAUAAAGCAGGGUUCACUAAGUUUUUCCACUUGAGACUGUUGUUUGCCACAUAAUCUUAGCUAGAGAACUAUUGAAAGCCAUUGAGGAUUGGACAACUGCUUAAUUUUGUAGGAUUAAAUUAACUCAUUUACCAGAUACUAGGGUAUGGGCCACACUCGAAUGAUAUUAUCUAGUUGACCGGACCGAAGUAGGCGAAGCGGAGUUCGGACCUGGGAUUCAGAGGUUGAAAGUCGAACACCUUAACGACCAUGCAACUGCUCUACACGUAGUAUGAGAUAUCACAGUAGAUCUUUUAGCUAAAGCAGUUUCAUCAUAUUCAAGUUUACAAAUACCAGUGAGAAAAAGCUUCAAUCUAAAUUCCAGCUAUACGAAAAAUCUAACAAACCAAAGGACACAGAAAUUAUCAAUACAAUUCCAAAAUAAGUAUCCCUUGAUUCGGUGUAUAUGACAGAGUAGACAUCUAUAAUUAGUUAAGACAAAAGGAUGAUACCUUCCAAUUAUAAGUAUUUACAUAUCAAUAUUCGGUUAGAUCUUAACAGUGCAAUGUUUUAGAAAAUAUUAGAUUUUAAAUAAAAUAACUUACAUAAAC